UUCAGCCAAGCAGUACACGUGGCAGCUAGUGGGGCAAUAUCUGAGUCUUAUCUGGGGCAGUUACCAAACAAAAUGUCGACUGCACCUGAAGCCGAGGGCGGACACCGUUCGGGAUGCGACUACAACACCCAUUUUGAUGUCAAGACCUAUCUGAACAAUUAUUACGUCUUGGAGAACAACCCGUACCUUUACAGGUUUUUGCAGAUGAUGCACCAGCUUGUCGCGGCAGGGUCCAUUCCCGAUGGUGGUCGACUACUUGAUGUUGGUUCCGGUCCUUGCAUUCAUUCUGUCAUUUCCACCGGGAGUCGAUGUUCGGAGAUCGUCUGCUCAGAUUUUGUUGAGCAGAAUCGAGAUGAGAUUCUCCGAUGGGUGAAUGGUGCCAUUGAUGCUCAUAACUGGGAACCUGUAUUUCAGUAUGUCUGUAAAUUGGAAGGGAAAAGUGACGAAUGGAAAACGCGACAGAGUCACAUCCGACAAGCGAUAAAACAUGUCGUACCAUGUGACGUUCAUCAAGACAACCCAUUAGCUCCAUUGGUGUUCGAGCCUUUUGACGUCAUCACCUCAAGUCUGUGUUUGGAGGCAGCGUGUCUUGACGAACCAUCGUACAGGAAAGCAGUCAAACGUCUUGCUUCAUUAUUGAAACCAGGCGGAUUAUUGAUCAUUGGCGGCGUCCACGGUCAAUCCUUCUACUCAGUAGCAAAGGAGACGUUUAGCUCUCUGCCAACAAGUAAACAAAUGAUCGAAAGUGUUUUUGCUGACGCUGGUCUCGGUGAUUUCCGUUGGUUCGUUGAUGACAUUGAAAAGGGGGAAUAUGACAAGGCAAUUGGAGAUGUCUUUGAUGCUCCUGCAGAUUGCACAGGCAUUUUUGCAGUAAGUGCUACGAAGAAAUGAGAGGCACUUCGGGACGAGACACGCAGAAGAGUACUGAUUUAAAUAUGUUCAUCUAAUUACGAAGGGGACUAACGAGCUAGUGACUGGUCACAUUCGGCCCAUUGCCUCCAUUUCACACUGAAGAUAUUACAAUGUAGCCAACAUUUACCUAUUCCAUUUGAUUAAUUAGAUUCAAAUGCUUUAUUUGAAUGAUAUGUCUGUCCUUU